AGUGACAUGAGAGUGGAUCUGCUGCAUCACGCAUGCGCGGUUUUUAUUCAUUCAUUUAUUUAUUUAUUUUAAAUUAAAAAUAAUUGUGCAUCAAUAUCCGAAAACCUCCAGUGGAUUUUUUAUUAUUAUUAUUAUUAUUUAUUUAUGACCCAUGCAGAGAACAGCUCUCUUUUAUUAUUGCACGUGGGUUUGUAUGCGUGUCUGCAGGCGCACGCGCGUUUCUCAUUUCUUAUUCCUUACUUAUUAUUACUACGACACAUUUAAUCGCGCUUGCAAUUAAAAACGCAUGAUUUGCAUUCGCAGAUUUUUUUUUUUUUUGCUCUUUUUCUCCCCCCACCGCCUGCAUGAUGGCGGACGAGUAAAAGCUCGUGCACGCGCCUCCUCCUCCUCCUCCUCUCAGAAGCGACCAUGGAGCCCGGUUGUUUUUUUUUUUUUUGCGCAUGCGCAUUCCGGUAACAGAAAGCCAGAAAGCGCAAAAAGGAGGGAGGAGGAGGGGAAAAACGGUCGAUUCAUUUCGAAAAAUUUCUCGCAUUGGAAAAAAAAAAAAUUGCGCUUCCGUCAUACUGGGAGGGAGGGAGGAUCCUUCUGCUCUGCACUGCCCUGGAAAGGGGGGAGAAAAUAUUCUGUUUGACCCGCAUCGGUUUUUUGGGAGGUAACGAAGGCGGUGUGUGCCGCUUUGCUCUUUUUUUUCUCCCCUCCUUUUCCAAAUUAGAAAUCGUUUUAGAAUUUCUUUUUCCCUUGCGCAGGCCGUGCGUGCGCGCGCUUUUAUUCACCUCUAAUUUGCGCAUCCGGAUUUGGGGGAAACCGAUGCGUUCCUGGGUCUCGUUCUUAUCCCGAACGAACAGGGGAAACAGAGAGAGGAAGCGGGAGGGAGAGGAAAAGGGGACGAGCGUGAAGCGAGUUCAAAGCUCUGGACUACACAAGGCUGUGUAGCCGUGGCUAAACCCCAGCGGAGCCAUGAGCACUCAGGAGGUCCCCAACGCCAGUCUGAAGCAGGGCGACACGCCCUCCGAGACUCUUUCCGCCCAGGCCGUACUCGCCGCCUCGCCCAAGACCACUACCCAUCAGGUGAAGACCGAGCCUCGUCGCACUCCCACCACCACCUCAACCAGCAACGGCAAAGAGAGCGAUGGCAGCCUUCCUGCUGAGAUCUGCGUCGUCAUCGGGAGUCCUCGGAAUUCCCAAACACAAGGCUCCUACGUCUGCCGAGUGUGUGGGAAGAAGUACAAGUAUUACAACUGCUUUCAGACACAUGUCCGUGCCCACAGAGAGUCAGAGAGCACCGUGCCUACAGAAGCGGCGCCUCAUGGCCCAAACAAUGCUUUCCGUUACACAUGUGACAUUUGUGGGAAGAAGUAUAAAUACUACAGCUGCUUCCAGGAGCACAGAGAGCUGCAUGCAGUCGAUGAUCCCUACGAUCAUGUGAUUCCCGUGGAGGAACCGAAGGAGGAGAUCGAGCCCUAUCAGAAAAUCGGACCAAAAACGGGGAGCUACACUUGUGAAUUCUGUGGAAAACAAUAUAAAUACUUCAACCCUUAUCAGGAGCAUGUGGCCCUUCACACUCCAAUGAAAAGCUCUUUCGGUCUGAAAAUUGACAGUAAAACCUCAGUGCAGCCGAGCCGCGGCGACGCCAACAGCUCCCAGAGCUCGGGCGAUGCUACAAGCCCGAUGGUGGCCAGCGCCUUCCCUACAUCGCAGACGGAUAACGAGAAUCACACUAAAGAGGACUCGGCUAAAGCGUGUCAAGCCCCCGCACCUUCCCAGGAGCAGACGUGGAAAUCGCCUCAGCCGGCCCAGAGGAACCACAUCCCAUCUUCGUACCAGAACAGAUUGCUUCCGGAGAAGGAGCGGCAGCAGGUGGCUGAACGCUUGUUGCGCAUGAUGUGUACCGAUUUGGGUCUCCUUGGUGUACUCAGCAGCAAGGACUUCCUCAAGCUGGCCCAAACUCUAGUGGACACAGGCUCCCGCCAUGGCGCUUAUUCCAUCCGCGAUGCUCUCGGAGACAUGAGCACUUUAGCCCUGAAGCAGCUUCCUCGCAUGUAUAACCAGGUCAAAGUGAAAGUGACCUGUGCGCUCGGAUCAAACUCCUCCUUAGGCAUUGCUGUGACCUGUCAUUCACAGACUAUUGGGCCGGAUUCCUGCUACGUGCUAACGGCGUAUCAGGUGGAGGGGGUUCGGCUUCGACGUUACGUGCUAGGAAUUAAAGAGUCUUCUAUAAGGGAGGGUCCGGAGCAUGUCCAUCACUGGGUCCAGAAUGUCCUUUCUGAGUUCGUCAUGUCAGAAAUCCGCACAGUUUAUGUCACAGAGCCACGUUUGUCACUGUUACCGAGUUGCGGCAGGUCCAGCCUUAGCUUGCGGUGUGCUGGAUGCUCUCUCUCAGCCACUAUUCAGGCCGUUCUUGGGCGACGUAGCCUUCAGGCCAGGGGCCUGCAUGAACUUGGAGAACUUCUGGCAACAUGUCGUGACAUAGCUGGAAGCAGUAGCUUUAAUCGAGACAGCAAGGCCACAGAUGAGUCUCCGCCACCACCCUGUUGGGAUUUCACCGCUGAGGCAUUGCUCAAGGUCCAUGAGAACUUCGAGGCCAUAUGUGAAGUGUACGGCCGCUGCAAAAGCACAGCACCGCUUCUACAAGGCCUCAACAAGCACCUUCUCAGCACGCUAGCCUCACUGCUUGCACCCUUGCGCCAGGCAGCACAGGAGCUGGGGGGUGAUCGUUGGCCCACACUUCAGCAGGUGCUCCCCUCCUACCUUCGCCUGGAGAAACUCUUUACCUCCAAGGCUGGUGAGGCAGGUGCUGGCAGCAAGCUCUGCCACUACUUCCUGGAAGCAUUAAAGGAAAACUUCAAGGUUGAGAGGGUCCACCAAGUGGCUAUGAUCCUGGACCCACAGCUCAAGCUCCGACCAGUCCCUGGAUACCAGCAUGAGGAGAUUAUCUCCAGGGUAUGUGACAUGGCUGUCAGCAUGAAGGAACCAGCGAGUGGAGGCCCGUCUGGGAUCUCAGGGGAUGAGCGGGAGAGCGACGGGCCAGCUGGUCCCAAGCGAGGGCGCAUGGAUUGCGGGAUAGACAGGCCAUCCUGCGCUGCUGAGGAUCCACAGGUUCGGAAGGAACUGUUCCAGUACCUGGGUGAACCGCUCUUCCAAUCGACAGGGGAUCUCUUCCAGUACUGGAGCUCCGUUAUGGACAGAUAUCCCAAGUUGUCCCGUUUGGCUUUGUGGCUCCUGGCAGUGCCCGCCAUGGGUGUCCGCAGCGAAUGCAUCAGCAUCUGUGAGCAGACCUUCGCCCUAAAGAGGAAGCGCGAGGUCACGGCUGAGGAAAUGAACAAACUCGUCUUCCUCAAGUGCAAUUUUGCCUGAGGUAGAGCAAGGCCACCAGCCAGCACUACUGACUCCAUUGUGAAAGACACACUAAAGUAUUUAGUAACUAGACUCUGGUCUAGGUUUACUUUGUAGCUUUCUUUACAUCCUUGGUUGGAUCUCUUAUUCUGGAGCGAAAACCUAUUUCUGGAUCAAUGUCUACGAACGACGUGCAGUUAACGAGUUCUUUUUGUGGACGACUGCUGUGGAGCAAUACAUUAUUGAGCAGAUAUCACCUACACACACCUCAAACCUCAACUUUCUACUGCCCUUGGUAACCUAGCAGCGAAAAAGAUAAGCCCUAAAACGUGGAUAUAAACUUUUGUCGUCAAUGCUUGAACCAUCUAAACCAAAACAUGGACCACACUGUAUGCAUCAUCUUUAUUUUUCCUUUUUCAAUUAGUUUCUUUCAUUUUUUUCAAUUAGACUCCUAGACUGUUUGUCCCUGUUAUCCUGCCUGAAUUGUCCAUUUUUUUUUUUCUUUCUUUCUCCUCCUGCGCUGCCGAAAGAUAAUUAAUCUACUUUGCUUUUCUUGCUGUACAAAUGACCUCUUAGUUAUCAGGUCUUGGAAAUUAUUUCAGGUAACCUAUGUGCAUUUCUUAUUUCAGUGUUUCUAAAUGAGAGUUCUUCACUGGGUGCUCGCUUCCACUCGUUUGACUGAAUAAUUUGCUGUUUUUAAUAUAUGCUUCUCAAAAUCCGUAAUUUUAAUGGUCCGUACCGAUAGAAGACGCCAUGUAUUGCACAGUUUGAAUCUACAUAUGCAUGAGGAAUCAGAUAUUCAAAUUUUAUUCUAAACGCAUCGCUCUCGUCGCAGUCGGUGCAUUCAACCCCCUUCCGAGCACAGCAGGGUCCAACCUAUAGAGCUACAACCUGCUCUUCAGAUCAUGUGCAUCAUCACAGUCUACAGGAUCUUGAUUAUCUUGGCUGUGAGACUGUCUUGAUGGAGACGGAAUAGUUUAGAUUCAGAAGCGGAUGUACCACGUAAUCGUUUUUGAAACACUGGCCCACACGGCUUCGGUAUAUAAAGGAGUCUUUUACGCAAUCCCAAAAUGGUUUAGCUUGUAAACAGUUUUCUUGCUGAACUCGGACGGUCCAGAUGGGAAAUCCUGUGUUUUUGUUUCAAUGUAAACAAUGGCCAAUAAAGGCCAAAUAUCUCAUUAACGAUCCAAACGAUGCAAGGCCGAUUUGAAACCAUCUGAAGCUAUAUUCACAUGGGUGGAGAUCGCUUGAGAAAAUAUUCUAGCAUCCUAAAGGGUUCGUCAGGUUUUUUUUUUUUUUUCCUUUGAGAGAAACCUUUUAAUGCUUUUUAAAGGAUCCAAGUAGUACCAUUUUGGGAAAACUGUAACCAUUGUCCAUUCCAAAACAAAACAAAACAACAAAAACCCAUAAAGAGCCCUUUGUUAGAGAGUGCAUAGUGUAGAUCAUGGAAAAUGGUUGGACUCUUGAGCAUGACCUUUAACCCUGAAACUACUGUACUGGAUAUUGCUUUAGGUAAAAACACUACAUUAAAACAUACACUUUUUUUUUGUUUGUUUUUUUUGUUUUUAAACUGUCGUCCUGACUUUGUGCGGUGGUCUGGGGGGUGGAAUACAGGUUUUAGUUUCUGUUUUGCAUGUAUGCAUUUUUUAAAAAAGUUUUCCACCAAAAGUGAAUCGGAAAGAAAUUUGCUUGUCAAGAUUGAAUCCCAGCUGUGGUUCAGGAGCAUUAUGGACAUUUUAACAGCUGGUAUCCGAUUACAAUCUUACGUCCGUGUUUCUUUGGCACGACUUCUAUCCACCGGCUCGAUCAAAGUUCACUGUGUGAGGAAAUCACAUUUAGCUAGUCAGGUUUUAGACAAUUUUAGGCAGGCUGACUGUUUUUACCAGAAUGUUUGAUAAACAUGAUCUUUCCAGGCAGACGGUUAUAAAGUAGUCUAAAUAAAAAAUGUUGUUUUGGGUUAAAUGUUUUCUUGAAGGUAUAAAAGUAUGUUACAGGCAAAACAAUCCAAAAAAAAAAAAAAAAAAAAUGAUGUUGGGUCUCGGCCACGGCAACAUCCGAGUGGUUUU